GUGGGUUACAUAUGUAUGUACUUAAUCGCCACCAGAGGUGUUAUGUAGUAAACAAUGACUAUAGUUAGUGGCUCAAAACCUAGGAAUGAAAUGAGAAUGUAAAUAUGUACAAAUAAACAAACGUGAGGUAAUCACGUACAUACAUAAAGUUGAAAGAAAACUACUCCAAACUGCUCAAUUCAGAAAUGAUAACCCCGCCGGCAAAGUGGCUAAACGAGCAGCUGAUAACGGCAUUAAUUCAAAAUAAACUGAUAAGAGGUUUAAAAUAUCAGCAAAUCAUGCAAAAUUUUAAAUUUCAAUGCUAGUAUAAGUUUAGACACGGUUAAGUGAAGAGCUCAUCGAAAAAUUUAUAGUAACAUAUACAUAGAAAAUAUAUACAAACAGACACACACCCAUAUGUAUGUAUAUUUUAUCCUACAUUAAAGAACAAAAUCAGAAACAUGGCGAACACACUGGGAAAUCCUUUGAAAAAAGUUCUAAGGCAACGCAUGAAGACGGAAAUCUUACCAGCGAUUAGUGCCGAGUCUAUAACGGAGCAAUCGAAAGCAAUUUAUGAGAAGGUAAUCGCCACCGAAGCGUUUCGUCAAGCAAAAGAUGUCAGUGUCUACCUAAGCACAGGCAGCGAAGUCGACACGUUAGGCUUGCUGCGUGAGCUCUUCAAGCAAAAUAAAAACGUUUUUGUGCCCACGUACAGUGGCAAGCUGAUGGAAAUGGUUCGCGUUAAGGAUUGGGCUGAUUACGAGUCAUUGCCGCUGACCAAAUGGCAUAUUAAACAGCCAAGCGCCAAAGAGGGACGUGAAAGUGCAUUAACAAAUGGUCGCGGCAUCGAUUUAUUUCUAAUGCCUGGCGUGGCUUUCACACUCAGUGGCGGUCGCAUGGGUCAUGGUAUGGGUUAUUAUGAUGGUUUCUUGAAGCGUCAUUUCGAUACUUACCCUGAGAAGAAACCCAUUUUGAUGGCGUUGGCGUUCCGUGAGCAAAUCGUAGAGGAAGGUACACUGCCACUGGAGCCGCAUGACGUGCGUCUAACGACGGUAGUGACGCCAUGAAAUUUCAAUACAUACCGAGCUGUUAACCUUCUUUAGAGGAAUUCCUUUAGAAAGCUUAAAUUUCAAAACUUAGUCAUGUAUGUAUGUAUAGUAUGUAAAAAUGUAUUUUUUGUAUUUUUUGUAAAAAAAAUUAAAAUCAAGUUAAAAUCUA